AUGGGGAUCGGUGCAGUAUUAUUGCAAACUUAUCCAGAUGGAAAAGAACGACCAGUGGCAUAUUUAUCGAAAAAAUUCAUCCCGAGACAGCAAAACUGGUGUACGAUUGAACAAGAAUAUGGCGUUGAAUUUCAAAUUCAAACGGAUCACAAUCCAUUAAAAGCAUUGAAUAAAAGAGCACAGAAGAGCACGAAAUGUGAGGGUUGGCGAUUGAAACUACAACAAUAUCGUUACACAAUUGAUCAUAUUAGAGGAGACGAUAAUGCAAUGCCCGAUUAUUUGUUCAGAUCUCCCGUCGAUCAGGGUGAAGAAGAUCCGGAUGAUUAUGUUCAAUUGAUAUCAACGGCAACACAAACAGAAGACAUUAUUGUGAUGGAUACGUCAACACCACAAAUUGUGGCGACUGUAACAACUCGUGCUCAAGCAAACAAAAUACAGAGUAAAGCUUCUCAUGUACGAGAUGAAGAGCCAGGACAGACGAAAAGUACAUCAAAAAUAGCUCUUCAUGUACCAGAUGAAGAGACAGACAAUAAAAAUAAGCAGCCAGCAACAGUAAAGAUCGAUGAUAAUAUGAUUAUUCCAUUUACAGAAGAAGAUAUACGUGAAUAG